ACAAGGUAGUUUGGUUCCCCUCUGUAAAAAGUUGGUCAGUUCGAACGUACGUAAAGUGAGUACUGGACGCUCGAUGAUGAGUUCGUUGUCACAGUUCCUGUUUAUUUACAUCUUUGUGGCUUUAACUUUAGUUUAUGCACAAAAGAUAGCUUCUACAGGAUCCUGUCGGACGCAGAAUGCAAUGCGCGGAAGUUGUGUACCCAUCGAUUCAUGCCCAACACUAUACAAAUUAGCGUACAGUUCGUUCAUUUCGGUGGACGAUGAGCGAUUCUUGGCGGCUAGUAUCUGCGGAAAGAGAAUGGUUUGCUGUGAGAAUCCCUCGGAUGCGCAGCCACCAGCAUCAUCUCCAGAUCCUGUUUUUUCAGUUAAGACUACUGACGAAACUCCUCCAACAAGGAUGGCUUUACCGGACACUACCGUUUGUGGCAUUGAUAAUUUGGGGGAUCGAAUUCUUAAUGGAGAGCCGACUGGUAUAGAUCAGUUUCGAUGGACAGUUGCCCUGGAGUAUAACACGAAUGGCUCCCGAGAGGUGCGAUGUGGUGGGACACUGAUCAAUACGCGCUAUGUUAUCACCGCUGCUCAUUGCGUGAGAACACUGAUGCCGGAAGAAUUGGUACUGCGUCUUGGAGAAUGGAAUCUGAACACCGACCCAGACUGUGACGAGUAUGAUAAUUGCAACGAUCCUGUUGUGUUCGCAAAUGUUGAAAGAAUUAUUCUUCAUGAACAAUAUGUAUCUCGCAGAAACGAUAUUGCGCUUUUAAAACUAAAGACGGCGAUUCCAAAGAAUUACACAGAUUUUAUUCUUCCUAUUUGUUUGCCUUCUUCUGGUACACUUUUGCGGAAUUCAUUCAGCAAUACCAAUGUUAGCGUCGUAGGAUGGGGAGCUACAGAGACGGGUAGAAGCAGUCCCUUCAAAUUGUACGCCAAUCUCAACACAAUAGAUCCUGAAAUAUGCGACGAAGAACUAAAAUUUUUCUAUAGUCGUGUUAAACUGAACAAAGGACACAUUUGCGCAAGAUCACCUGAAGGAAUUAUUCGUGAUUCUUGCGAAGGAGAUUCAGGGGGUCCGUUAAUGGCCAGUGUGAACGGUCAUUGGUAUCUGGUAGGAAUCGUUAGCUUUGGACCGCCGUGCGGAAGGACGACAUUACCAGCAGUUUACACGAGGGUCACUAAUUACAUGGAUUGGAUUCUUGACAAUUUGCUCGAAUAGUGCAAACAUUACAAUGCUACAUAUGAUGUAUACAAAUUCGAAUGAAGUGAAAUAAAAAUUAUCAAACAGAUUA